UGAGAAGAUAUCUUGUUAACUAAGAAAAAAUGGUCUGUUUUUCACCUUCUAUAGUUUCUCUUUUUGCCUUUGUUUUGUGCAUUGUCUUCCUCUUCAAAUGGUACUUUAAUCCGGUGUCAAAAGCCCGGAAAAGGUUACCGCCAUCUCCCCCUAAGUUUCCCGUGAUUGGAAAUCUUCACCAACUCGGUUUAUACCCCCAUCGCUCGCUGCAAGCACUAUCCAAACACUAUGGCCCACUCAUGAUGCUUCAUCUUGGUAGAUUUCCAGCAGUUAUUGUUUCGUCUGCAGAUGCAGCCCGGGAGAUCAUGAAAAAUCAGGACCUGAUCUUCUCGAACAGGCCGAAAUCUAGCAUCCUUGAUAAAGUUCUUUAUGGCACUAAGGACAUCGCGUUUACUCCUUAUGGCGAGCACUGGAGGCAGGUAAGAAGCAUAUGUGUGCUUCAGCUUUUGAGCAAUAAGAGGGUUCAAUCUUUUCGUCAUAUAAGAGAAGAAGAAACAUCCCUUAUGAUCCAGAAAAUUAGGCGGUCUUGCUCAUCAUCUUCGUCAUUGAUAAACUUGAGCGAUAUAUUGGUGUCGCUUACUAAUGAUAUUAUAUGUAGAGUUGCACUUGGAAGGAAAUAUACUGAUGGAGAAGAAAGCACGAAGUUUGAAUCAAUGUUGAAGGAAAUUGGGCAGUUAAUAGGUAUUUUUAAUGUAGAGGAUUACAUUCCGUGGCUUAAAUGGAUCAAUAACAUUAACGGUUUGAAUACCAGAGUCGAGAAAUCAGCUAAAGUGUUAGAUGAAUUUUUAUCGGAUGUAGUCGAGGAGCACAGAAAUCGAAAACAAGGCAAGACACAGCACAAUGGCACCAACGAGGCUGGAGGACCAGAUCUUGUCGAUAUAUUGCUCGAAGUUCAGAGAGAAAACAAGGCUGGUUUCCCUAUCGGAACUGAUACCAUAAAAGCUGUCAUUUUUGAUAUGUUCGCUGCUGGGACGGAUACGACAUCUACUGCUUUGGAGUGGGCAAUGGCAGAGCUUUUAAAGCACCCAAAAACCAUGGAGAAACUGCAGAAUGAGGUGAGACGAGUAGCUGGAAAUAAACCAGAAAUAACUGAGGAUGAC